AUGUCUUCUAGCAAAUCGAAAUCGAAAAAGAGCGGUGCAAAAAAGAAAGCGCAACGCGCUACCUCCAAUGUUUUUGCGAUGUUCGAUCAGACGCAAAUUCAUGAGUUUAAAGAGGCAUUCAACGUCAUAGACCAAGAUCGGGAUGGAAUAAUUACUGCUAAAGACCUGACCGAGAUGUUUAACUCCCUGGGCCGGCCCCAAUCGGAUGAAUACAUUGAGGACAUGCUGGGUGAAGCCACAGGAAACAUUAAUUUCACCAUGUUUAUGACGCUGUUUUCAGAGAACAUGCACGGGACAGAUCCCGAAGACAUGAUAAGGAGCGCCUUUACAACUUUCGAUCCCGAUGGGACAGGAGUCAUAAACGAAGACAGAAUCCGUCCACUGUUGAUGAAACUCGGAGACAAGUAAGUCACUUAAAAUGAUUUCUAAUCUUUAUUAAAUAAAGGGUUCACAGCUGUGGUGAUUAACCUCGUGCUGUUUGUCUCAGCUUGAAAAAGGUUCAAACUAUCACGCACAAUUCAAACAGAAAACGCUAGCAGACGAGAAGAUUCUGAUCAAUGUUCCCGAGCUUUGAAGCUGUGGAAGACAUUCAUGAGUCAGGGCGUUUAGCACUUGGCAAACGAUCAGCUGUUUCUAAGCCCGAAGUGAAACACUUUUUCUUUCUAACUCACUACCUUUUAAUCAAUAAAAAUAGUAAUCAAUCUAUCAAAUUUUCAGGUUCACGGAUGAAGAAUGCGAUGAAAUGUUCUAUUGUGCUAAAGCGGACGACGACGGAAACUUUAAUUAUGGGGAGUUUACCAAAGUCAUCAAACACGGCGAAAAAGAUGACUGAGUUUUACACUGGUGAACUGAACUGAUUGAACUUCUUACCUAUAGCUAGUGCAAAAGGUUUUAGUGUUAUAUUUCUGUAUUCAAGUCUGUGCCAUUUAUAAUUUUGAAAAUAUGUUCAAACUGAUAGAGUAAUUAAAUUCUUUGUGCGUCACAAUAUGCGAGGUCAUUGAGUCUAANUAACUCACUACCUUUUAAUCAAUAAAAAUAGUAAUCAAUCUAUCAAAUUUUCAGGUUCACGGAUGAAGAAUGCGAUGAAAUGUUCUAUUGUGCUAAAGCGGACGACGACGGAAACUUUAAUUAUGGGGAGUUUACCAAAGUCAUCAAACACGGCGAAAAAGAUGACUGA